AUGUCAGACGGGGAAAAGUCAACUGAGAUGCUGGAGACCCCACAAGAGGUCAAAAUGCUGAGUAUCAGCCCCUCCUCCAUCCAGCGAGGUCCCGUUGAAACCAACCUCGAAGCAGAAGAACCCCACGAAGUGGACAUCGACAUGACAUCACUUGCCGAGGGCAAAAUAGACGAGAGAGACCUUCGGAAGAAACAAAUUUUUUCUGACUGUCUGAAGGUCUUUGGCGGUUGGAAGCUGGCAUGGCUAGCUUAUCAAUCCCUCGGUGUCAUCUACGGCGAUAUCGGUACCAGUCCUCUUUACGUCUUCUCGUCUACAUUCACCAGUGAGCCAAGUUACGAUGAUGUCCUUGGCGCUGUAUCUCUUGUGAUCUGGGCUCUCACCAUCAUGGUCACCAUCAAAUAUGUCUUCAUUGUUCUGUUGGCAGAUGAUGAGGGUGAGGGUGAACUAUCAACAGGCCAACCUCGUGCGAUAUGA